GAGAUCAUAAAACACAAACCAAUAAUCGCAAACCAAAAUAUUGCUACAAAUGGCAAUCCCUAGGCUUUCAAAUCUCUUGCUGCUUUCAACUCUUUUUGUAGUAUCCAUUUCUUGGCAAGCUUCAGCUUAUUCAGCUCCUGAGAAGUUUGUUCAAUGUCUUCUAAACCAUUCCCAGCCCUCUCACCCCAUCGGUCCAGCAAUUUACACUCCCAACAAUGCUUCAUACUCCUCCGUUUUGGAAUCGUACAUCCGAAACCUCCGAUUCAACACAUCUUCAACCCAAAAACCGUUCCUCAUCGUCACUGCUUUGCAUGAAUCUCAUGUGCAACUAUCUGUCAUUUGUGCUCAAGUCCAUAACUUGCAGAUGAAAAUUAGAAGCGGAGGCCACGAUUACGAGGGUGUAUCGUACGUGGCUGAAGUUCCAUUCUUCAUCCUCGACAUGUUCAAUCUUCGAUCCAUCAACGUAGACAUAAAAUCUGAGACUGCAUGGGUGCAGGCUGGGGCUACUCUUGGUGAAGUUUACUACAGAAUCGCUGAGAGAAGCAAAAUUCAUGGCUUUCCCGCUGGUGUUUGCCCUACAGUUGGCGUUGGAGGCCACUUUAGUGGCGGUGGAUAUGGUAAUAUGAUGAGAAAGUACGGCUUGUCAGUUGACAACGUAGUUGAUGCACAAAUUGUGGAUGUGCAUGGAAGACUUCUCGAUCGAAAAGCCAUGGGAGAAGAUCUUUUUUGGGCCAUUACAGGAGGUGGCGGAGCUAGCUUUGGAGUUGUGAUUGCGUACAAGAUUAAUCUUGUACGUGUUCCUGAAAUAGUUACUGUUUUCAGGGUUCCGAGAACCUUGGAACAAAAUGCAACAGAGAUCGUGUACCGUUGGCAAUAUGUUGCGGAUAAGCUUGAUGAUGACUUGUUCAUCAGGCUAACCAUGGAUAUAGUAAAUGGUAGUGGUGGAGAAAACAAUAAGACUCUGAGGGCUUCAUUUAUUGGCAUGUUUCUUGGAGACUCUGAGAGGCUUCUCUCUGUGAUGAACAAGAGCUUCCCUGAAUUGGGACUUCAGCAAUCUGAUUGCAUGGAAAUGAGCUGGGUUGAAUCUACCCUUUUCUGGACAAGCUUCCCAAAUGGGACAGCUCCUGAAGCUUUGCUUUUUAGAAUACCUCAAGUACUUACCCACUUGAAGAGGAAAUCAGACUAUGUCAAGAAACCAAUUCCGAAAGCUGGCUUGAAGUGGAUUUUUCAGAAAAUGAUAGAACUUGAGGCUCCAAUGUUGACCUUUAACCCCUAUGGUGGAAGAAUGGGUGAGAUUUCCGCAUCUGCAACUCCGUUUCCUCAUAGAGCUGGGAAUCUUUGGAAGGUUCAGUAUGCAACAAACUGGGACACAGAAGGGAGUGAGGCAUCUGAAUACUAUAUUGAUUUGACAAGGAAGCUCCACAUGUACAUGACUCGUUUUGUUUCCAAGAAUCCAAGGGAAGCCUUUUUCAACUAUAAAGAUCUUGACAUUGGGAUCAACCAUAAUGCCAAUGGCAAGGCAAGCUAUUUGGAAGGAAGAGUUUAUGGUAUCAAGUACUUCAAGGAUAAUUUCGAUCGGUUGGUGCAUGUUAAGACCAAGGUCGAUCCAAAGAAUUUCUUUAGGAAUGAACAAAGUAUCCCAACUCUUCCACACUAGGGAGGAAUUAUAGCUAUAGCUAGCUAGCAUUGUGACCAAGGAUUUGACUGAUAGCUUGGGAUUAAGUGUGUACAUCUUUGAUUAUAUUUACCAAAGGAACUUAUGUGUCUUUACUUAAUAAAGAAAUAAAAAGGAAGAAAAUUAAUUCCAAAACUA